AUACGAAAAUAUAAUCAAAUUAAAUAGAAAAUAAAACUACAUAAGUAGCAUAUGAAGUUUAGUUAAAUAAUAUCUGAGCAGAAUAUACAAAUCAGUUUAAAAAAACAUCGAGAGAAACCAAAAAAAAAAACAGAAAAAUGGAUAGCACAGAAAUGUGUCUGUCAUGUAUGAACGAAAUUGGUAAAAGAGAGAAAACGAUAAGGUGUAAUGGAGCAUGUGGCAAAAAGAUACAUAUUGAUUGUACACACCUAGAGAACAGUGCAAUAGUUAUCUUGGAAAAAAACGAUAAUAUUCACUACAUAUGUGAUACAUGCGAAAGAUUCAGUAUGAAGACAAUAAAUAACAAAAUUGAUGGUCUAUUUAAAUUCAUAUAUGAAAUCAACGAUAGAACAAAAAAGAGCGAGAAAGAGCAAAGCGAAUUAAAAGCAGAAGUGAAAAAAAUCAGUGAAUACAUGAAAGGAGAAGAUGCAGAUAGAAAGAAAGAAAGAGAAAAAGGCAGAGCAAUAUCAAACAUUUCUCUCACUACACCAAGUGAACGUAAUACAAAUGACAUGAGAUAUACAAAUGCGAGAAUACAUCAAAAGGCAAAUACACCGGUGGCAAUGAGAGAGAAACAAUCAACAUCAAAAACAAAUGCAAUAAAUGCAACGAAAAGAGCUGCCGAAAAACAAACGAAUAUAUCAAUAACGAGAAGUAAUGAGAGCACCGACACACCGAAAUCAAUUACAAAAAAAACAACAACUACGAAAACACGUGGAGUAGCGAGUGAGCGUCUCAGCGUUAGCGACAACAACAAAGUACCCACACAUAACGGAGCACAUUCCAAUGGGGAAAAAAAAGUGAAUAAGGAGGGAGAUAUAAAUGAAACAAAAAGAUUACUUAUUAAACCAAAAACAGACAACAAUAUUCAACAUACAAUAGCAAGAAUGAAUGAGAAAAUAGACGUACAAACUGUGAGUUUUAAGAAUGUUAUCAAACACAGAAACGGGACUGUCAUCAUUGAAUGCGAAGACGACAGUAAGUUUAUAGACCUAGUUGAACGAAUAGGUAAUGCACUUGGUGAUGAAUAUAGCGUAAGAGAAAUCAAGCAAGCGAACCCAAAAGUGAAAAUAAUUGGAAUGAGCGAGAAACCAGAAAAUAAUGAACUAAUAGAGAGAAUAAAGAGUCAAAAUGAAAUGCUAUACAAUGCCAACAUUACCGUGAUAAAAAUUACAAGAGAUCACAAAAAUAGCAAAACAUUUGAUGCGAUAAUACAAAUUGACUAUGAAAAUUACGGAAAAUUAAUGCAGACAAAAAAAGUCAAUAUAAAUUGGGAUAGAUGCAUAGUUAAGGAGCAUUUCAGUAUAAUGCGUUGCCAUAAAUGUGUUGGUUUUGGUCAUACAAAGGACCAAUGUUCAAUAGAUGAAAGAUGUGGCUAUUGCAGUGGAAACCAUCUAUCAAACGAGUGCCAAUCAGAAACAAUUGGUUGUAUAAACUGUACGGAAGCAAACAAAAAAAUGAACCUUGGUCUCGACACAAAACAUAAUGCUUGGAGCAAAAAGUGUGAAAUCCUAACGCGAAAAAUUGAGCAGAUAAGAGUGAAAGAGAGAAGUGUGAGAAACGAAUAGCAAAG